UUUACAAAUGCAUAAAUCUGCAAAUAAUUCAAUAUACAUAAUAAGUUGGAUGGAUCAAAUCAUCAACAAAUCAAUCUCUUCUCCAUACCUUAUAAAAAUCAAAAAAGAAUGGGAAAAUUAUGCAACUCAAAUUGGACAUCUAAAAGAUAAAGUUCAAAUCCUACAACCAAUAUUAAUAAAAAAUCAAACCUCUCAAACAUUAAACACAAAUAAUAUUCCACUACCACCAACACUCAAAGAAAUCUACUCGACAAUACUCAACAAUCACCAAUGUAAAUCAAAAGACUAUAUUGGCAAGAAAUAUUCAGAUCUACUUCUUACUUCGCACCAACAAUCAAUACAACUAUUACGGAAAUACACAUACCACCAACUAUUUGUCAAAAUUCAAAAAUUAAAAGAUCCAUAA